AUGGCUUCAUUACGCACUAGCUACCGGCUACUGCCAUCAAUACGCGUUCGACCGGCGCGCUUUCAGCUUCUAUCGUCACGCUUUUACUCCUCAGGUCCCGAUGAGAAGGUGACAGAUAUUGAAUCUAUUCUUUCGAGACCAAGCUGGUCCGUUCGAUCGUUACUGCCAGACGAUUCGAGUAAAUCGCAGACCCCAGCGCUCACACCAAAAGAGCUGCGCCAUCUUCUCCGUCUGUCUGCGCUUCCGCAGCCCAGCAGCGAGGCAGAAGAAAAGAAAAUGCUAGAGACACUCGAGUCUCAAAUACAUUUCGUGAAGGAAAUCCAGCGCGUUGAUACGACUGGCGUCGAGCCUCUACGGAGCAUUCGCGACGAGACGCCUGAGGCUACGAAGGAGAAUACAAUUGGCCUAGACGCUCUGAAGGAUACCAUGGCCAGAGAGAGAGUCGUAGGACGCAGCAGGAAGAUCGAACGGGCACCUGCUGAGAAAAACACCAAGCCCGAUGGCGAUACGUGGGACAAUAAUGCGCUUGGAUGUGCUUCGAAGACAAUGGGCCGAUACUUCGUGGUCGAGACGAGCCGCUGA